GUGGCUAAAUUCGUCUGGCAUCCAGGCUAGCAUGUGUAGUCAAUCAGGCAUGAUUUGGCAAAAUAUCCAUCACCCCCAUCAAUAUUAUCACACACUCCUUCAGAAUGGAUUCCCUUCCCAUCCCCCUUUAGAGCAUCAUCGUUGCCAUAACAACAGCCUAACGAAAGGACAUGUUCGACUCCCAAACUCAGGCUAUGGCCAGAGUUUUUCAGUGCAUUGCAAGGUAGGCCUUCCAUAAGGUAGCGAACCAAACUCCGUCCAAACUAGCCUGCGAUUUAUCAAGUUUUCAUCCUAGCCCAUGGGUGGCGUAUUCACGGCUCUUUUACCACUACGAAGUAUCACACUAGGGUAGAAGAAGGGACGUUUCACGAGCAACGAGUCGAUGGACAAGUGAAUGCAUAAGAAUGACUUGUUUGUGGAUGGGCAAUCUUGAGCCCUAUAUGGACGAGAAAUUCAUCACUCGUGCUUUUGCCACCAUGGGAGAACUGGUCAUAGGCGUGCGGAUCAUUCGCAAAAUGAACUGGGGUGCAGCGGGGUACUGCUUCUUGGAGUUGUCAGAUGAAGAGACGGCUGAAAGGUGUCUUCGUAAAGUCAACGGGAGGUCUAUUCCAGGAGCAACACCGCCAAGGAAGUUCAAGCUGAAUCCGGCCACAUAUGGGAAACAAGGAGAGAUGAGGAACCGGGCUGGCUACACUGGCAACAAGUACACUCAGCCAUAUUCCUACAACGAAAACCAGCACUACCAGCAAUACCCUGAUUACUAUCCAAACUGGGACUAUGAUCAGAGCACAGGAAGUUAUGAUGGGUACGACUACAGUCAGUAUGACUACAGUAGCCAGACCCAUGAGGAAGUUGUUGAAGAUGGCGGUCUUGAAGACCCUGCAGAGGAGCUGGACGUGGCUGAGGCCAACAGGCUAUUCAUCAAGCAGAGUGAGGAGCUGUAUGACGCACUCAUAGACUGCCACUGGCCCACAUUGGAUUCCCCAGACCCAACCACAGCCCAGUAGAGCACCAGGGAUCAACUCUCGACACUUGGCUGAACCUCUGCCUCGGUCCGUUCUGACUGAUUCACAUGAGGCUAGGACUCAGAGGUUGGGGCAGAGCGAGGUGUGCACCCAUGCCAUGCCAGACAGGCAGGCAGUACCUUGCCUGUGAGCUGUUGACUUGAGCGGAUAGGGGGUCGUGUUGGUCGCUUCUUGGACACAGGCUGAGCUCAGGAAAAAAAAAAAACAACGCCUUCCUUCCACAUGAAUUAACUUCUACACCCUUUCUUAGAGAUUUCCUUUUGAGGUGCGAUGUUGAAUGACUUUCGUUUGAGCCAAGAGAAACAACUAACUGAGCGGGCAUUUAGGUUCCCCUUCCUUUGGCACCUACAGCCUAUGUGUGAUUCUCAGUGCUGGAAUGUUAAGGUUUGGGAUGGUGAGGAUUUACUCAACUCACUUUAUGAUGUAGACGUUGGCAUAGAAGUGUUCAUCAAGGUCCUGUCCUCACAACUACAUGACUGAAGGGCGAGCUUAUUUAUGUCUUAAAAGAUGGUUGAGGGCAGAAGGACAGUUCAGCAUGAAACGUGUCUCAGUUUGUUCACACAAUCCCCAAGCAGUCAUAGCAACUGUAUGGCUGUCCACUCUAUUGUGGUUCAGUUUCAAUUGGGAACAUGUUUGACAAAUAAGCUUUCAGAUAUUUGACAUGCCAAGGGGAAUUUAUGAAGAAUUAGGUCUGGAAUCUUAAAAUGGAAUUUUAAGUAACUAAUUCUCCCAUAGAAGAGAAUUAGGGAAAGUAUAUGUGGCUAAUCGGUUGCAAACCCGGAACAUUUAAUUUGAGGUGGUUAUUAGGCUUCACACCGAACUCAUCCAACUUCUUUGAUUAAUUGUUAGCUAAACUUCCUUAAACCUACACUUUCUUUUUGUACAUGAACAAUGUGUGUGGAUCUGGUUUUGCAGACACUGGAAAGAAAUAAAUGUCUGAAAAUGUACAGGUUA